GUCAUUCCCCUGUGUCCCUCCUGGUCCCUCCCGGUCUCUCCCUGUUCUCUCUCUUGUUCCUCCCCGGUCUCUCCCUUUUCCCUCCCCGCUCCCUCAACUCCCCGCUCUUUCCCCGGUCUCUCCCCAGUCCCUCCCCGCUCUUUCCCCCAUCCCUUCCCUGUCCCUCCUGGUCCCUCCCCUGUCCAUUCCCAGUCCCUCCCAAUCUCUCUCCGAUCCCUCCCCGUCUCUUCCCGGUCUCUCCCCAGUCCAUCCCCGGUCCCUUCCCGUUCUCUCCCUUGUUCCUCCCUGGUCUCUCCCCGAUCCCUUCCCUGUCCUUCCUGGACCCUCCCCGUUCUCUCCCUGUUCCUCCCCGGUCUCUCCCCGAUCCCUUCCCUGUCCCUCCUGGACCCUCCCCGAUCUCUCCCUGUUCCUCCCCGGUCUUUCCCCGAUCCUUUCCCUGUCCCUCCUGGACCCUCCCCGGUCCCUCCCCGAUCUCUCCCUGUUCCUCCCCGGUCUCUCCCGGUCCCACCCCGCUCCUCCCCGGUCCCUCCCGGUCCCUCCCCGAUCUUUCCCUGUUCCUCCCCGCUCCCUCCCGGUCCCUCCCCGUCUCUCCUCGCUCCCUCCUCGCUCCCUCCUCGUCUCCUCGCUCCCUCCCGGUCCCUCCCCGUCUCUCCUCGCUCCCUCCCCGUCUCUCCCCGGUCCCUCCCCUCCCGGUGCCGCCCCCCGCGGGCAUUGGCCGGACGGCGGCGAUGGCGGCGAUUCGCAGCGUGAAGGGCCUGGUGGCGCUGGUGACCGGCGGCGGCUCCGGGCUGGGCCGGGCCACGGCGGAGCGGCUGGUGCGGAGCGGGGCGAGUGUGGUGCUGCUGGACCUGCCCACGUCCAACGGGGACCAGCUGGCCCAGGAGCUGGGCGACCACUGCGCCUUCGCCCCCGCCGACGUGACCUCUCCCAAGGAGGUGAGCGCGGCGCUGGCCGUGGCCCAGAAGCGGUUCGGCCGCCUGGACCUGGCUGUCAACUGCGCCGGCAUCGGCAUCGCCGUCAAGACCUACAACAGCAAGAAGGACAAAGUGCACGACCUGGAGGACUUCCAGAAGGUCAUCAAUGUGAACCUGGUGGGCACCUUCAACGUGAUCCGCCUCAGCGUGCAGCUGAUGAGCCAGAACAAGCCCGACGCCGACGGCCACCGCGGCCUGGUGGUCAACACUGCCAGUGUGGCCGCCUUUGAGGGGCAGGUGGGUCAAGCGGCCUACUCGGCCUCCAAGGGCGGCAUCGUGGGCAUGACCCUGCCCAUCGCCCGGGACCUGGCGCCGCUGGGCAUCCGCGUGGUCACCAUCGCCCCAGGGCUGUUCUCCACCCCGCUCCUGGCCGGUUUGCCCGAGAAGGUCCGGAAUUUUUUGGGACAGCAAGUGCCUUUCCCGUCCCGGCUGGGGGACCCCGCGGAGUACGCCCACCUCGUGCAGGCCCUGGCCGAGAACCCCAUGAUCAACGGGGAGGUGGUGAGGCUGGACGGGGCCCUGCGCAUGCAGCCCUGAGUCUGGGGGAUCCCCUCCACCCCCAGACCCAAAUUCUGGGGUGGGUACUGAGAGCAGGGAUGGACGCUACAGCUGGACGCUCUCCGGGGACACUCCACGAUGGGAACGCCGCGGGGACAAGGACUGGGGUACACCGUAUGAGUGGGGGGACUCUAUCCUGAGUGGACACAACCCCCACCCCGAGUGGGGACACCCUGGGAUUUGGGGACAAACCCCGGGAAUGUGGCCAUGAGGACACUCAGGAAGUUGGGAAACCCCGCGAUGGGGCCCUUGCUCAGGUGUGGGGGCCCAUCCCGAGCCCCCCGAGCGUGGGGACCUCCUUGAGUACCCCCCCGGGCCCCCUCUGUCCUUUCCCCAUCGCAAUAAAGCGUGUUCGCCCACGCGGUCUCCGAA